AUGUCUGCCUAUACAUCGAGCACUGAUCACAGAAGCUGGUCAGCUUCUGCGCGACCCUUCGCAGGACCGAGUUGGGGUCCGCCGAGUUAUUAUCAAGGCCGCGGCUACGCAGGCUUUCCCGACGAUGAUGGGCCUCCUUCAAGCGACAGGCUCCCGGACAAUUGGCUUAUCCACGCCACCAAUGACAGCAUGCAAGAUUCGCUUCCAUGGAUCAGCCCUGAAUGGCCGCCUAUCCCACCGCCAGCUGGCUGCUCGACCAGAGCAAUGUCUGAUGAAGCACGAUUCGCCACCCCCCCGUCAAAAUUCUCUACACUGCCCGUCGAGGACAUAGGCAGAGCCCCCAGCCUGAUUCCGGACGAGCGCUUCUGGCCUGACUCUGACUUUGACAUGGAAGACUCCGAAUGGGGUGCAAGUGACGCCGUUGAAAGCGAGCAAGAUACCAAAAGGGAGGAUGACUCCGGAGACACUCACGACGAGCUAGCAACGCUCGCGAGCCGAGCUAUCCUGCGCACGACCUCCUCACGCCCAGGAAACAUACAUCUGGGGUACCUUGACAAGCUUAUCAAAAGAACUGAACGCGGUUUGUUCAAUGGCAGAAGCUACGCGGGCUGUGCGAUACACAAGAGACCCGUGGAGACCCAAGAGGCAGACAGGAAGUACGAGUACAGUUUGCUGGAUCCCGCCGCUGCUCGCAAGACCGGGGAGGUCCUGCGAGAGCUUGCGAUUGCGAGGGGCAUUCCCAAGCCUGAUAAGCUUUCUACGGCGGAGAAAAGAGAGCGACAUAUCCGCAAGAUGGUGGCCGCAUACGUCACGCUUGACUCUCGUGGCAUAAGCUGUACCGGCGACGUGGCUAGAGAGCAGCGUAUUGUGCAACUGAAAUGGUUGAGAGGGGUGAUCAAUCAGACGGAGACUGAAGAAGGCGAAGCUGGAGAGCGAUCUUUCUCCGGGCUGGUCAUACACAAUUCGUCUCCCAAGCGCAAGCAGAUGGAGCCGACUCUGCUCGAUUGGAGGGUGAAGAUCGGUCCGGAAGGGGGCGGCAAGAGCGUCUCUCUGCUGGCCCCUUGGAUGAACGCGUAUCGUUGA